UACAGUCCUUACAGUUACCAGAACAACAGAGACAAAUACAAAUAUGAUGAUGAACAAAGGGAGUUCAACCUGAGAGAAUGUCUUUGGUUCUGUAUGACAUCUCUGACACCACAGGGAGGAGGAGAAGCACCCAAAAACUUUUCUGGACGUUUGGUGGCUGCAACUUGGUGGCUAUUUGGGUUUAUCAUCAUUGCCUCAUACACUGCGAACCUUGCUGCAUUUCUGACAGUGUCACGGCUGGACACUCCCAUAGAGUCAUUGGACGACCUGGCCAAACAGUACAAGAUACAAUAUGCUCCCCUGCAGGGCUCCUGGGUCCAAAACUUAUUUCAGGAGAAUGGCUGA